AUGAUGUACUCUGCGUCUAGCUUUCCGACGGUACUGUCAACUAUCCUUCUGCUCAUCGGUCAACAUGUUUCCGCAGGGCCAACUGUGAAGGUGUUGAACGGCACCUAUGAGGGCCUACCUCUUCCCAACUACCAGCAAGAUGUUUUUCUUGGAGUGCCAUACGCUCAGCCUCCCACUGGCAACCUCCGCUUCAAGGCACCACAAAGCCUCAACUCAACGUGGAAUGGCACUCACUCUGCAACGGAGUACGGAGACAUAUGCAUGCAAUACACUGCUCCUCUUAGCCACCCAAUGUCUGAAAAUUGCCUCUCACUCAACGUCAUCCGUUCGAGCAGCCUGAACAGCACUGGACUUCUUCCUGUCGCUGUGUGGAUUCAUGGCGGCGGCUUAUACGCAGGUUCGUCCAGAGACAACAACCUUACCAACUUUGUGCACCAGGCUUCCGCAGCACAGAAACCACUCAUCGCCGUCUCCAUCAACUAUCGAAUUUCGGCCUUUGGUUUCCUCUGGGGGUCUGACGAGGUGAAAGCCAAUGGAAGCGCCAACAACGGCCUACGAGACCAGCGCCUGGCCCUCCAUUGGAUUCAAGAAAACAUUGCCUCCUUCGGCGGUGACCCGAAUCGAGUCACAAUCUUUGGCCAGAGCGCCGGAGGCUUGUCCGUUGGCAAGCAACUCAUUGCCUACGGAGGCAGAGACGAUGGCCUUUUCCACGGUGCGAUCAUGCAGAGCGGUGGAAUGGCCGAGAAGUGGCCCUACAACGUGAAAGACCCAGCUGCCUACACCGAAGACCUCUAUCGGAACCUGACGGAGACAACUUCUUGUUCGGACGCGGUCAGUCCGCUGGAGUGCCUUCGCACCCUGCCUGUGGAGGCCAUCUCCGCUGCCCUGAACGUGAGCAUAACGCCGGUGUUCUCAGGUACGGGCCUCGGUCCCUGGCUCACUCAGGUCGAUGGCGAUUUCCUCCAAGACGGUCCCACCGCGUCCCUCGAGAAAGGUCACUUCGUUCGUGUGCCAAUCAUGUACUCCACCACCAGCGACGAGGCAACCGUCUUCAUGUUUGGCGGAAAGCUGGACACGGACGAAGACUUUAGGGCUCUAGUCGCAGCAGGAGGCCCAGAUAAUUCCACCGUCUCCGUCAUUGAGCGACUUUAUCCCAACACCAAUGGCACAGGGCUUCCGGUUGGGUACAACCCGACUGCCGAGGACGACCAGCUUGACGGAUCCCAGUGGAAGCGCGGAGUCGAGUUCCAUACCGAUGUGGUCGAAACAACUUCCAGACGAAUGACAUUGAAGGCAUGGGCUGCUGCUGGCAUGGAAGCUUAUUCAGCUCGUGUCAAUCUGUUGCCUCCUAGCACAACCUCUCGCCUGGGCUCGCACCAUUCGAUGGACGUCUCGUUCAUAUUUGACGCUCUUGACGAAGAAACGAUGAGCGAGCCGCAGUUUGCGACGGCGUCGAAGCUCAUGGGUAGGGCGUGGGCGUCUUUUGUGUCGGAUCUCAACCCGAACAAUCAUGGAGUCCCCGAUACCCCUAUAUGGCCGGCAUGGACUGCUGAGAAGUCAAACAGAACCGGCUCUAACUUCGUUUUCAACGCUGACAGCGAUCCGUUUUCCAAGUCAUUUGUCGAAGGGGACGAUUAUCGCCUACGUCAAACAACGUACUUGGCAAGUGUAAUGCAAAAUCAGAUGUACUAUUAG